CCGAUGACGGCAUGGGAGAUGAUGAAGGAAGUGAUUGCGAUGACGGUGGCACUACUGAUCCACCACCAGAUUCCGAUGACGGCAUGGGGGACGAUACCGGAAGUGAUUGCGAUGACGAUGGCGGGGAUGGCGAAAAAUGUGAUGGCGACGAUCGAUCCAUGGACAAGAGAGCCGUGAAGGUUUCACUACCGAGUAGCUACAUGUGCAACCCGUACAACGCGGCCAACUACAUCUGCUGCCGUGGCGCCAUCUGGCCGCGGGGAAGCAACAACGCUCGCUGCUGCGGCUACAUGCGCUACGACUACACCACUCACAUCUGCUGCGCCGGUCAGAUCAUACCCCGGGGAUCCAACAACGCCUGCUGCCGCUCCAUCGCCUACGAUAGAAGCGUCUACAUCUGCUGCGGAGGCAUGCUGCGCGUCAAAGGCUCCAACACGGCCUGCUGCGGCAGCACCCCCUAUAAUUCUGCCACGCAUUCGUGCUGCAGAGGCGUCAUCUACAUCAGGGCCAGCUAUCUGUGCUGCGGGGGCGUCAUCGUGAAGAGGGGCAACAACAACGCCUGCUGCGGGACCACCCCCUACAACAGAAACACGCACAUAUGCUGCCGCGGCCGGCUCUCCCCGAGGAACGGCAACACACGCUGCUGCGGCUUCACGCCCUACCACCACGCGAAGCAGCUUUGUUGCCGCGGCGUCCUUAGCGACCGCACCAACGGUCAGACGGCGUGCUGCGGCACCCUACCGUACAACUACAAGCUGUACAUAUGCUGCGCUGGACAACUGAGGAAGAGGGGGAGUAACAACCGCUGCUGCCGUACCGUGGCUUACGACUGGAAGAAGUAUCUGUGUUGCAGCGGGAGUCUCGUUCUGAGGGGCACCAACAACGCCUGCUGCCGUACGCGCCCGUACAACUACAAGACGCACGUCUGUUGCUCGGGUGUGGUCCGGCCAAGGAUCGCUAAGUCGACGGCCUGCUGCGGUGGGACCGUUUAUAAUUACGCGACUCAUAUCUGCUGCGCGGGAAAGGUGUGGGACAGGCGCAACGACAACGCCUGCUGUUGCUACCGCCUGCCGAUAGUGGCGCUGCUACAGAAUGUCAAAGUGUGAGGCAUAGAUGUAGAAUUGAAGAGCAGAUCUAGAUUAAAACCGUAGAUAGAUCUCUAUUCUAUAUCUACGGUUCGCCUCAGUACUUAACAUCAUAAACUCAAAAAUAUUACUCUUCAAAGUCCAGGGGACUAUUAUUAAAGACGAAUAAUAUAAGUGCUUAAACUUAAAUCCUAUUACCUAUAAUUAUACGCGCUAAGAUCGAUAUCAUUCUCAAUCGUAAGGAGGUACACAAAAAUCAAGCCGUAUAUAACUACUGAUUAUAUCAUUAAACAUGUAAAUGAAUGCGGAUGAGAGAUCGUGGAUGAGAUGAAGGUGUUUCUGCCGGCCAGCGUUGCUGUACCAGUGUUUAUAACAUCGUUUACCAAUCAAACAUAUGUAUAACGAAAUGUUUCAGGUUUAUUGAUUUUUCUUCUGUGAAAGCCAAUAAGAUUUUUGCUUGAGAAAUUUCGUUUGAUUGGAAUGCGUACAACCGAAACUUGAACGGUUCGUAUAUGAUAUAUUGCACAAUAUUGUAAUAAAUAUAAGUGAUUUGCAUUUAAAUAUACAGACGUUAAA